AUGAUUGUUCAAUUCUUGCGAGGCGGUGCCAAGAAGAGGUUCGAAAGCAAAGCAGCGGCCAUCGGCGGAAAUUUCGCCGUCCUUGCCGCAUGGACAUGGAUCACUUUCGACUCCGACCCCACCCCACCAAGCGCAGACUUGCAGCCCUUCACCUGCACCACAUCGCCGACACUUGCAAGCCACCAAUCAACACAUGCCGUGCCGUGCAAAGCCACUCGCCAUACCGAAAUGACCGGCCGACAUGGCCGACUUCGACGACCUGAGAGAGCAUCUGCUCAACCCAAUCCACUUUCUGAUAUUCUUGGCGACAGCGGCGACGGCACCUGGGUAACGACGUGGGUUCGAGUCGCUGUCGCGCAAGAUGAACUUCGGCGGCAAAAUGUCUCGAAUCACCGAAAACGCCAUACUAACAAUCGACAGGUCUGGACGCCGCGCAAUUCCAGCACGCUCCAAACCACGCCGCCUACGCAGGGUGAAGUCGACAACAUCUUCUCGGACUCGCCACCGCAGAGUCGGACCAAUGUCGACGACGAGCUGAUCCAAGCGGCCUUCAAAUGGCUCGUCGAAUGUCCAGACAUCAGUGUCAUGCGAGUUGGAGAUUCUGCGAGCAAAGAAGACUCCACAUCCGACGCAGAUCAAGUAGCCCCUGCCGUCAGAACAGCACUUUCUGGACGGCGCCUUGUCACUACACUCGACCGGAUCUGGCAUGCAGUCGCGGGGCAUGGCGUGGAUCAUAGUCGACUGCCAAAUCAUGACUUCCAACUAUUGCAGGCAAUUGCUUCACACGGUCCCAGUGGCGUCCUCCAACCCGUAGUCACCAAGAUCACGGGACAAGACAAGCGUUCUGUACCACACCGCACGGAUCGCUUGGCGCAGAAUGGGUACAUCGUGAAAGAGCCUGUUGUCGGCGCUGGAACGAGGACGAGUGUCCUCAGACUAGCCAGAUACGCGAACCUCAAGAACCAAUUUGACAUGCCGGCCAACCAGCCUGGACUACGCGGCUCUACCCGCCCAGUCUUGUACACUGACAGGUGGUUUGACUCCAUCAUACAGUUGCUCAGAGAGAACCACAACAUCAUGAGCAUGUCAGAUAUCUGGUUGGGGCUUGGCAUUGCUGCACAGAAAAGCAAGCAUCAGAAGCAGCAGCUUGCACGGUGCCUGCGGCGCGUAGCAGAAGUCGGCCUUGUGCGUCGAGUUAGUGCCCAACUUGUCGAUCGAGACGGCAAAAUCAUCACGACCAACUCUUCUGGACAUCAACGGAGUGCUCAGGCUAUUCAACUGCUACGUGAUCCAGCCGAUCUAGAUCGUCUGAUCUGGUUGAAGGACAGUGCGAAGCCUCGCGCAGCCUCUCGGGAAGAGGAUAUUGGCACUGAUAUUGACGAAGCUCUGCUUGCUGAUGAUGUGGACACUGAUGACGAGGGUGAGAACGAUGUCGUUGUGCAGGUGCCUCCAGCUAAUAUAACUCGACCUGUGAAUGAGGAUGGCGAUGGUGAUAAUGAUGAUGAUGAUGAUGAUGACAUUGACGACCUCGAUCUGAUCACAGACCGUGUGCCACCCAUCUGGCGACCAGAGGUACCGCUGCCAAAUUUGAUACAUGACAUCGUUGACGGUAGCGGCGAGGCUGGCAUCACUUUAUCGAAGCUUGCACAACGUACCACUGGCCUGGCAUGGAGACGCCCGAUGGACGAAGUCACGAACCAUCUCACCGACGCUUGGCAAGACUCCCAACCUCCACAUCUGCGGCAUCUAGGCUUGGCGCGUUCUACUGUCAGCACGAAAUCCGCACGUUAUCGAUACCGAACCGUCGAGAAUCACCAAAAGGUGACUCAAAGCAGCAAUGCAGAUUCACAAUUUGACCAGGACUCAUGGGGAUUUCCAAAGAUUCCGCUUAAAGAGCUGGCAGGUCGUGACGGUCGCGCGACCUUAGCCGAAGGUCGCAAAGGUGCAGUAGUUGAACGCAUGCGCACUGACGAUGACCACAUGGUUGUGCAAGAAGGUGUCGAGCAACAGGCUCCUAUUCCCCACGGCACAUUGAAAGAGAAACGAAAGAAGGCCACUCCACGUCGGAACUCAUCCAACAAGAGUGCCACUACUACCGGUGCUGAAGGGACAGCCAGUCUCGUCAAGCGGACGGGCAGAGAUCCGAAGAAUAAACCUCCUAUACCGCGAACUUCGCAGAUGAAACUCGCGCCCAAUAAAGAAAGGCCAGAUUUGCCACUCACGUUGAUAGAGCAGUCAUCGACAGAGAAGGCAGAAGAAGCCAUGACCGUAGAUGGAGGAACGACUGCAGGCUCUGAAGUCCAUGCACCGGCAAGACUUCCGCGAGGGCCUUAUGGCAUGCGGGAGCGGUUGAGCUCCACGGUUGAGCCGAACGCACUGCUUGAAAGCACGCCGGAGACAGAUAUCACGACAAACGAGAGUACACCACAACCCUCGAGUGUGGUGAAGCGCAAGAAUAGCAGAAGAUCUCUACCAGGACAACCAGAUGUGCCGAUCGUUCGGAUACAUGAGAUCAAAGAAGAAGAGUACGAGGCAUUCGACAAAUGGGCACAAGUGGUCGCAGAGCAGCGAGUUGUGCUCGAGGUGAGGUCUGCUCGCCGAGAGAAGGCGGCGGAACCUGGCAGUCAGGCUGAUGUUGACAUGAUUGACACGGCGGAUCUGCCUCAGGAGCGCGUAGCCGCCAUGAAAGCACAAAUUAUCGCGCGAGAUAAGCCUGGAGUCUACAUGAAUCCUCCUGGCGCCCGCAAGAUGAAAGCAGAAUCAUUUGUUUCUCGUGGCAGACCUAGGAAAUCGCUCAUUGCAGUUAUCAAAAGCAACCGACUGCAUGAGCUCAAUUGGUUCCAAGCGGAUAACACGCCGCGUUUUGCACCCAAGGCAACCAAAAGGAAGACUGCUAGGGUCGGUAGUCUACUUGAGAUUUCGAACGAACCUGGCAACUCCGAUUCAGAAGCUGGCCGCCCACCGCACAAGCGCCAGCGUACGCAGACAUUUGCGAAAAUCAACGCUGAAAACCACCCUUACACAGGUACCACCGAGAUCGGUUCACCACAACGAGCUCCGCAAUUUUCGUCACAAGUCAUGUCUGAAAUGUCCGCCCAAGCCUCUGGGCCAUUCGCGUUUGCUCCGGAACAAAACAUUCUUGCAACAGAUAUACAACCAGUCGCCGCUGCAGAAUUUGCAGAGCCAAAGUUUUCUGAAUUUGGAUUUGGACAAGCCGGCCUUGAUGGCGCCGCAGACGAUAUGAGUCCAAGCAAUACCUACAGAGCUCAGGUUGCUCCUUCAACGCAAACGACUGACACUAUGCAGGAUGUUCCUGCUGCUAGAGAGCGUCUCAAACGACUUUUCAGCAAACCAGGUCGGAAGUCGCAGGCAACCUUGAAUGAGAUUGCACGACUUCAAAAGCAACUUGUGAAGGCUGAGACAGUCAAAUCAACGCCUUCGCGGAUGCAGACUGGGACCGUCCAAACGCUGCAGGAUCGGGCUGCAGCUCCUGAAUUCGCACAACGUAAUCCUGCCGUUGUACACCGAGAUGCUCUUCCGGUCUCUCAGUCAGGCCAAGAAUCAGUGGUUCUGACUUUCAAUGCCGACGCCGCUGCCAUAGAGCUUGCAAAGCUGCAAAGCACCCCAGGUCGAAAGUCAGCAAAAGCACUCCAAAGGAUGGCCGUCUUGGAGCAGAAAGUCAAAGAGGCAAAAGAAGUUGAAGCAGGCGUUCAAGAAGCGGCUCUCACCAGCGAGCUUCAAAAGCUUCGUGACCACCCAGGUCGCAAAACUCCCGAGAUGCUGGCGAGAAUCGCAGCAAUUGUUCAAGCUCUGCAGCACAGAAAUACUGAUGGCUCAACUCCUGGUCGUGAUCUCGCCGAUCCGUCGAUGAAUGUGGGCGCAGUGACGAGCGUCUUAUCAGCAGCAGCACCGAUACAGCCACAACCAUCGGAACAGCAAGGCAAUACUACGGAUCAAGGCAUAGUGAAUGGUAUCAGCACACCAGAAGUCCCUUUUCAAGAGCAUAACAGUGUGCCGCAAGCUCGUUCAACGAAGCCUCAGGCGUUGAGUCCCUCCGUUCAACCACCAGCUUCUUUGGACCAUUUUGGUACGAGAGGGGGUUAUGAUACGGCCUAUAUCAAUGCUCGUCCUGAAGAGGACUUCCAUCACGUCGGUCAUGGUGGAUGGGCAAAGGGCUUUCCUCUGCCCGGUAUAACGCAAAAGACAGCAGUGCAUGGUCCAGCUGCAAUGACUGCGCCUCUGGCCGACCCCAAUAUCUACACACCGCCCAGCCUGAGUGCCAAUGACUCUGAAGAGGACCUUGAGAACGGUCUUGUUGUUAAGCUGCCUAUAGUGUUGACGCCAACUCAACAGUCUGAGAACGUGUCUCUUCAGCAGCCGGCGUCAUCUUUUAACAAAAUUGAAGUUGGGCAAGGUGCCACUGACCACCUUGAAGAGCCUACUGCUGCAACAUCUCAUCUCAUGGAUGUUGACCAGGGCUUGCAAACUGGAGAUCCUGGCACGUUCGGGCUUGAACUUGUGAAGAAUCCAGCAACACCCCUAGUAGCUGCAAACUCAAGACCUGGAGGCGCAGCAGCCGAAGAACGGCGACAGACGGUGUUGAACGCAAUACGUCAAUGCAACGGAGUUUUUCCGGGCGAUCACGAGCUGUGGUACGUGUGCACCACAGCUUGGAGGAAGUCGCACAACGGACAGACCCCUGCCAGGAUAACAACAGAAAAGACAAUACAGCAACUCUUGAGUGACGGCAGACUGAAGAAAUACAAGUUUUCCGUUGAGGCGAAGAAGGGCGCAAGAAUGGUCAAGCACGUUCUGGCUGAGCCUCACGUCGAAGCCUCUUCCGAGUCGUUGCUGGAGAUGCAAAAGCAGAUGACUCUGGCUUUCCCGAAACUCCAUCUCCCAUUUGAGGUGGAGGUGUCGCCCGAGCUGCGUGCUGAGGUCACGAAAAAGCAGCUGGUCGAGAAGAACAAUGGGUCAACCACCGCUCCGCAUGUGGACAGUCCUGUGGCAGGCGAUACGCAGCAACCGUCGGACGGCGGAGAAUCUCUAGAUGGUCCGAUCACCGUGCAGCAAAGUGCCGCGGCGGCUGCGAUCGACGACCAAAAAGCGCGACUUAAAGGUUUCGCCAAUGCCGAAGCUCUGAGAUUGCAUACGCAGCAGUUGUAUAGGCAAAGGCAGUUCACAUUCCCGAGCAAACGCCGCAAAAGACGCAGAUCAGCAAUAUCCUCCGAUGACGAGGACACUGAAGAUGACGACGAUGAAUAUUUGCUUUCUGUUCAAUCGGGACAGCAAGAAUUGCAAGAUGAGAUUCAGCUGGAUGGAUACAAGCAUGACCUGUCAUCUGCUUUGUUACCAACCGAUGGGCUGAAGCAACUCAAGCAAGCACGCGAGCAGGAGAGGGGAGCAUUCAAACCGAAGUCAAGAGCUCAGCAGCCUGCUCGAAACCUGCGUCGUCCACUUGGCUCCCUGCGCACUGCAAGGGCUAACCCACGCAGAAAGUGGUGGGAGGACGGUACCCAUUUUCGCGAUCCAUCUGUUGCGCUGCUCAUGAACCCAAAUCAGCUCUUCCAUGCAGGCACUGGCACGUUCUCCACCUUCCCAAAGCCAUCAGAUACGGCUCUAUUUGGCCCUCGGUUACGAGAGCGUACGUUGGCUCGUGAAGAUGCCGCCUGGGAACAUCUGAGUUCUCAAGACUGGGCAGAGGUAGUCCAACGGGCGAAUGGACUUCAGCCCGUCUCGAGCAAUGUCUUCCAGAGCUCCAUUUCUGAUGUGGUCAAGCUCAAAGUCCCCGGUGAUAGGCUCGCGGAAAUAGUAUCUGAGCCACCGCAACCUGUUGCAGGGACGGAUGAUUCAGAGGAUGAAGUACGUACGCGCACAGAAUCUCCCUUUGAAGCUCCGCCGCGAGAGGCGACACCGAAGCGCCGAUACAAGUCCAGGAAGAAGAGAGCCAGAAUUGACCAGGACGAUCUGCCUGCAUCGGACGAGGACUUUGUGCCUGGCGCUGCGUCGCCCAAAGAAGAAGUUGUCCUCGGAACGCCAGGGAGGGUGCGAAUGCCCCGUGGCGGUAAGGAUAUGGUCACUCGUGACCGCCAUAGCGGUCCAGCUUUCAAAGACGCUGACAGGCUUGUCAUCGCUAUCGCUUUGGUGGCUGCAGUCUGUGGUGGCAUCAAUCAAGAUCGCCUAAACUGGGCUUUGGUUGCACAUGCGUUGAGCUUCCGCUACGAAGGCGAAUUUCUUAGACGACGUUGGUCGCACUAUGUCAGAUUUCGAAAGGCAGAUGUGGACGCGCUUCGUGCGGCGAUUCUGGAGCCAUUCUUGGCAGCGUACGAAAAGAAUGAGUUGCCAACUGUAAACUUUCAGGACCUAGGCAACACUGACUGGCCUGGUCUCUUCCGUUGGGUGCAAGAAACGAUCCCUUUGGUCAAGCAUGCUACCAUCUCUGAGGUCCCAUUACUGCCGCCAACAAGAAAGGCGCUUGAAGAAAAUUACAAUUUCCGCCAAAGCUCCAAGCUCGUCGAUCAAGAUACGGAUGUCUUCUUCAAACCCAUUGCCGAUAUGAAACGAAGGGAACUUGCGGUUGCAUAUGUCCAUGGAAUCACUAUACCCGGGGAGAAAAAGCAAGAUGACGAGCGACGCGAGAGCAUGCUCCUCGCCAAAUCCUGGCUUCGUGCUGUCGCAAUGACAAAGCAGGCAAAUUACAACGCCGAAAAAGCAGCUCGAAAGAUUGCAGCCCUCGGCGCCAAAGCUCUUGAAAGCGCCGCCGUCGACCUUCUCGAUUCGCACGUCUUGUCGCAAGAGAAGAAAGGUCGGCAAUUGCCCGGGCGAAAUUACGUGAUCCAUACCGAUGUGAUCGGACAAUUCAGGAGAUGGCCUAGCUCCCAAUACGACGAGCAUGGACAUUUGAAAGCCGUUGCUCAGUCUUGGAUCAAGAUCAACGAAUACUUCAAGACGCACGACCACAUGCAAUUGCUACCUGUAGCAUCAGACCCGGACUAUCUCGUCCUUACCAACAUGUGUGCUCAAGGCUUCCUCAGAGUCAAGCCAAUCCUUCCCGAGCCAACGAACGACCUCAAUGCUCAAGGCCCAAGACUUUCCGCAUGGGGCUAUGGCGGCUUUGGGUACGAGACGAAGAAGGUCGAUCCAAAUGUGCUGAAGUACGACCUUGUCUAUACCAAGACGAGCGGCUACGAGUAUGAACCGGGACUCAACCCGAACAUUCCCGUGCCUCUCGCGUCUGCUUUAGUACCCGGCGAAAUAGGACCUCGCAUUCCCCUUUGGGUCGACAUCCAUGGCAAUUUGAUUGGCGACGCUUGGUCCAUGGUGCUUCGGUCGCUUUUGCAUUUGCUGGUCUAUCGUCCUGGUGCAAAGGCAUUCCACAUGCAGGUCGCACAUGAGCACAAGCUAUGGGCGUGGGAGAUCGAGAUGGCUCUGGACUGGAUGGAGAAAGCCGGAAUCGCGAAGCGUUGCGGCAGCGGGAAAGAAGUCGAUGGUGUGUGGAAGGGUGGCUGGAGAGCUUCGGGAUGGUGGUACUUUGUGGUGGAUUCUCAAAAUUGCAUCGGGCGGCGCAUAUAUGAUUUGCAUGAUACCCCGAGCCUGGUAAGGCUGCUGUUGGCAUUGAACUGUACUAUAAAGUUCGAUUUCGAAUCUCGUUCUCGUCUGCCUUUCGAUUUGUCUCAUAUCACGAUCGGUCUAACCACCCAUUCAGUCCUUCACGGCUUGUCAAUCGGAGGCUGUCUCCGCACUACUUGUGUAGUCCCCAUGGGGGGUGCUCUUGUCGCCAUGCCUUGGCGCAUAGGAAGUCUUGGCCACAGCGCUGGGCGAAGAUGGGUCGAUGCUUCGAGUCGUUUUGGCUGCCCCUACCAGGCUUUGCGAAGCAACCAAGCUUCUACAUAUCGGAUGUAG